GCCAGUCGGAUGCUGUUGCUCGAGUGGUGCGGUUGUGCACGAGAGCGAGCUCUCUCUCUGUCAUCUCGUUCUACCUCGCUGCAUCGCGCGUUCGUCAUAGCACACGCACUAUUUUCUCUCGUUCUUUUUUUCUUUUCUUUUGUUCUUUCCGUUUAUUUCUUUCUCGUUUCCUUUUUUUUUUUUUUUCAAAAGAAGAAGUCGAGAAUAUUUAUCGCGAAAAGGAAGAUUAAAAAAAAGAUGUGUAGUUGUAUUUAACGAAGAAGAAGAAGAAGAAGAAGAAGAAGAAGAAGAGAAAGAAAGAAAAAGAGAAUAAAAAAAAAAAAUAAUAAUAAUAAAGAAAGAGUUCGCGCGCGCGCGCGCGCGCGUGCGUGUGUGUGUAUGUGUACAUGUGUGUGCCAAUUUAUAAUACCGAUAAAAUAUCGACUACAACGAGACAUUACUAUCCACUACUACGCUAUUACAUUAUUACACUAUUAUUAUUAUUAUUAUUAUUAUUAACACGAAUAAGAGAGACUACAGUGUCAAUGGAAACAGUGUUGUAUCGUCAAAAGGGUGUUCUUCAAUGUUGAAGAUUUUCUACGGAUAUAUACGUCAAGUGUAUCAUUCUUUUGUGGGCCUCCCUCUUACCCACCCUCUUCUCUCAUCCACCCCCAACGAUACUCAUCUAUUAUUUCCUAUUUUUCCUCCCUCUCUCUCUCUCUCUCUCUCUCUCUCUCAUUCUUUAUUUUACUCACCUUUUUCGACCCACUACCCACACAAUGAUGAUACCGGCUUCUACUACAUCUCUACUACUACUACUACUACUAGUAUUAUUAUUGCUGUCGCUGUCGCUGUCGCUGCUGCUGCUAAUGCUGUUCUUCUUCUUUCCAUUUGCUAAAAUUCGAGCCCUUCGUCAUCACAGAGAAAAUAUAUCCAGACAAAUUAUCCUUAGGAUCACGGGGAUACAUAUAUAUAUGUGUAUAUAUAUAUAUAUAUAGAAUAAACGCAUAGACGAAGACGAGAAGACAAGAGAUUUAAAAAAAAAAGAAGAAAGAGAGAGAGAGAGAGAGAGAGAGAGAGAGCAAGAAAAAGAAAAGAAAAGAAAAGAAAAGAAAAGAAAAGAAAAGAAAAUGAACAAAGUUGGUUCCUGAGAGAUUAAGAACCGUGGCUGGCGAAGGUGAUCCUUCCGGUAGGAAGGGAAGGAAAAAUAUAGAAAUUGAUAGUAAAAGAAGAAAAUUAAGGGACGAGGUUCUCCUUAUCCUCGUUGGCUUACGAUUUAGUGAUCGUAAGUGGAGUUUUUGUUUUUCAACGGGUCGACGAAGGUGGAAGGAGGAAGACUGGCCGAGGACGAGCAGAAGGAGACGGAGAAAAAGAAGAAGAAGAAAAAAAAAGGAAAAGGUGAAUGAGGAGAGUUACACGAUCGUUCUAACACGAGUAUGAUCGGUAUAACUCGAAGAAAUUGGGCUUUGCGCCUAUCGGUGGUGCUCAACGUUUGCGUACUACUUUACGUGUGCGCCCAUUUUGGUUCCUCUUCCGGUCCUUGGAUCGAAGAAUCACCAACCAAUUGGGCUGCCGCAGCACCACCGGCUAUAGCUCCACCUGUGGCGGCACAAGCAUCACGAUCAAAAAAUUCGAUUAUACAAGAGGAUGUUAGUGGCGUUGCCGGUGGUGCUGGUGCAGCAACCAUUGCUGAUAGAUCGUCAGUCAAUCGUCUUUCGAAUGGUACUCUGAUCUCUGCCCUUUCUUCAUUCUUCUCAUCUUCCUCCUCCUCGUCUUCUUCUUCAUCUUCAUCAUCUUCUUCUUCUUCUUUAUUAUCACCUGCCCCAUCCUCUUCAACGAACAAAAGAAACAAGAAGAAAGGUCUACCGAACAAAAUGAUCGGAGGGAUCGUCACUAUGAAACCUACCUCGAAGGAGGCCAAGGUCAAAAUACUCGACGAUACGAUUGGACGAGACGGUCAUGCUGGCAAUCGUACGAAAAAUAUUAAUGAACCGGCACCAGCACCAAUACCACAACCAGCUGCCAAUCUGAAGGAAGCCAUAUCUUGCAACGAAAAAUCAUUAGAACCUAGACGAGCCCAACGUGGAGAUUAUUGGGUUCUAUAUAAUUACGUACCUAUGAGUAUGAAGGUGAAAUGUUGGGAAAGCGUAACUUACACCACUCAUGCCGACUACACCUUCCUGGAUAACUUGGAACCAUUGUUGGAACGUUGGAGAGCACCGAUAUCGAUCGCGAUGCAUGCUCCUGGCACAGACUUUUCGGCGACUUUAGACGCAAUCAAAUACUCAAGGAGCUGUGGUAGUCCAUUGGUUUUUCAACUGGUGACAUUUCAUGUCUUUUUUAGCAGUAAACACGUGCCAAAAUUGGUUCCGCCAUCGGAAAAAGUUAUGUCUGAUACGUACAACUGUACGUUGGGACCACCCUGGGUCAAUAUAACACUUUCGAAGAUGUACAAAAACGAGAAGAAACUUCUUUAUCCAGUUAACGUUGGAAGAAACAUAGCAAGAGAAUCAGCACCGACUUAUUAUGUUUUUGCCAGCGACAUAGAAUUAUAUCCGAGUCCAAAUCUUCCGGAAAAGUUUCUUGAAAUGAUUCGCAAGAGAGAUCAAGCAGCAUUGCAAAAAUCUAAUCCAAAGGUUUACGUCUUGUCUAUAUUCGAAGUUAACGAAAAGUAUCGACCACCGAACAAUAAAACUCAUUUGGUACAAAUGUUAAAAGCAGGAACAGCUAUUCCAUUUCAUAAGAAGCUUUGUUCCGGUUGUCACAACGUUCCACGUAGCAAGGAAUGGCAGGAAGCUCCUGAAACCGAAGGUCUUCAUGUAUUUCACGUUGGAAAACGUACGGGUAGCUUCGUUCAUUGGGAACCUAUUUUUAUAGGAACUAACGAAGAACCUUUGUACGACGAACGACUCAGCUGGGAAGGAAAAAGUGAUAAGAUGCCGCAGGGUUACACUCUCUGUGUCCUCGAUUACGACUUUCUCAUUUUGGACAACGCAUUUUUGGUACAUCGUCCUGGUAUAAAGAUCUUUAAAAAAGAUCCUCAUCGUGAAAUGCUCACUGCUAAGACGAACGCAUUGAUCAAGAAAAUUAUCGUACCAGAAUUAAAAAUCUUGUAUGGUGCAAGAAAAGGAUGUGCUGUCUAGCCUCUACCACCAUGAGCGCUUAGCGCUCUAUACGGACACAAAACAAGUAAACCCAUAUUGACUAGUUCGCUAAUUUAAGAACUACCAUUUGAUCUUAAUGUUUCUACGCCGAUUAUCUAGACACAAUUUAAGCGUGUUACUAAAGAUCAUUAAAAAAGUUAAACAUGUUCCAUGAAUCGUGCCAAUUCAAUGAUAAAUUAUCAAAGAUCCAAUAUCAUCGUUUGUCAUUAACGUUUCUCUAAGGUUUUUCUAAAGUUAAAAAAGUGAAAAAGGACAACAAAAUGAUAGAUUCAAAUCGAUAGAGACUGUUACAAAGACAUAAUAUAAAUUCGUCGACUGAAAACUGGAUUUGUCAAUUAAAUUAAUUUAAACAAUUGAUAUUAAUUUUAACAAUUACUUCAUGUUCAUUGAUGACUAAUCUAUCGAAAGUAAUAAUUAACAAAUAUCAUUCUCUCGUUAAAAAAUUUUUUGAAAUAAUAAGUUAAUAUCGCCAAGAUAAUAGAUAAAUAUAGAUAUGAUAAAUAUUAUCAAGGUAAAGUCAACAGACAGAAAUUUUUUUUUUUUUUCUUUUUUAUCAAGUUAUAUAACAACUUCAUAUGCGUUAACAACGUUCACUUUAGAAAAACCUUUUAAUAUCCUUAAUAUAUUUGCAUAUAUAUAUUUCUUUGGAAUCAUUCAUUUUCUCAUACAUAUUUCAAAUGGUCGCGCACGAUGUAUUUUAUAAGUAUUCCAAGAAAAUAAUGUAUAUGAUGUUUUAUAUAAGUUUCAAUCUUCGAUCGUCGAAGAAUAAGAGUAACAACAAUAACAACAACAACGUUUACAAUUCGUAUAAGAAUAUUCUACUCUUACGUCAAUGUGUAUCAACCUACAUAAGUACACUUCGCAUAUAAUGGACACUGAGAAUCGAAUAGACUUUCGCUGAUUGCUUUGAUCGAUCUGUUACUAAAUCGUCGUUGUUGAGCGUGUCUCUAAAAGUAUCAUAACACGACAAUAUCUUUCUUCUCUCUAGCCACGAUUAUUUUAAUAUUAGAACUACCGACGUAUAUUUUCAAAUUGAUGGAUAUUAACAACAUUCAUUAAUUUGAUUUGAUGAUUACUUGAGGGAGAAAAUUCAUUAAUUUGUUUGAUUAUAUUAAUCGAAGGAAACAAAAAAAGAAGAUUUUGAUUUUUAAUGAUUAAGUUUUGUGUAUAAUUAUUAAAAAAAAAAAAAAAUAAAUAAAUGACUGAAAAAUAAAUGAUUUUAAUUAUGUCGGUAGUCUUAAUAUUAAAAAUUUUGAAAAACUUGUUUUUCACACGCAACGUAUCAAUAUACAGAUAAAUAAAUGAGAUUAUAUUGUUAACUUUCAAGUCAUAUUUCGAUCGAAAGAUUAUAAUCUAAGCUACGUUAUUCAAACUUUAUAUAUCACUUCAAUCAAAUGAUACUUCAAACGGAUGCACAGGCGAUUUCUCUAUAGUUAAAUUAUAUAUGAACAAAAUAGCCAAACAUAUUUGAAUCGAGGAAGCGUUUAUACUUAUACAAAGUAUUUGUAAAUUGAAGAAAGUCACUGUCCAAGACUGAGAAAUAUUUGAUAACAAUUUUCUAGAAACAGAGUUGUGGUAGUCGUUCGGUGAAAUAAAACAAAAUGGAAGAUCAAUUAUUUGAAAUGUGUUAUUAAAAAAAAAAAGAGAGAGAGAAAGAUUCACAUCUUGUAUCAUACCAUUCCGUUUUUCUUAUCAUUAACGAACCCAACUGGUGCUUCCACGAUGAACUUGAUUUAUAUCAGUGUUCGAAGUAAACAUUUUUUAUUAUUGGUGGUAUGUCAAUAAUUGCUAAAGGGUAUGACGUACACAUGUAUUCACGCAUAUAUCUAUACUCACUACAUUUUUAUCAUUUCAAAUGAUUAAGAACAAAUAUAAUAGAGGUUUACUAUCUGAAAACCUUCAUUUCUUGCAUUUACAAAAAAUAAAUUAGCCUACAAAAUUAAAUCAAAGAUAUUUCAAGUUAUACGGUAUGAUCCAAUAUAUAUGUAGAAUAUAUAUUAAAUAUCAUUAACUUCUUUUAUUUACUUUAUAGUCAAAUAGAAUGAGAUUAAGUCAAGAAAGAGAUAUUAAGUUAAAUUUUUUAAUCUUAUAAGUUUGUAGAAUAAUAUAUAAGUCUUAUCUUCUUCUUCUUCUUAUUCUUAUAGGUUAGGUAUCUUCAUUGAAUUUAUUGCAAAUAAGUUCUUGAAUUUUCUUAAAAUUUAUAUAUAUAUAUAUAUAUAUGUCGUUUAGAUAGUAUGAUAAAUUUACAUGUAUGAUAAUCCACGUCACGAAGGAUAUACGUGCAAGUAAACAUAUAAAUCAACUACAUAUGACCUACAUUAACGAAUUUACAGACAUAUUUUUUUUAACAAAACAUAAAUCAUGAGAAGUAAGAUGUUUAGAAAAAGAUUAAUGUAUGUAUGUUGUGUGUAUAUAUAUAUAACAUUUUAUAUCUAACAAAGUGUCUCUAACGACAUGGCAAAGUUAAUAAUAUAAUAUCUGCUGUACAGUUUUCACUUAAAACAAGCAUUGUUUUUGUAGAUACUCGAUAAAUUUUUAUCUUUUCCUUUUUCUCUUUUUUUCCAACGAAAAAAAGUAUAAUACAUUGGAAGAAGAAUUACGAAUAAAUAAGUUAAAUAUAUUCUUCUAUGAAUGAUAAUAAGAAAUUAUAGUUCAAACCAAAUUAUUGGCCAGCUUCGAACAAAACUUUUAAGUAAAUAUAUAUUAAAUGAUUAUUUAAGAACGAGCAUGAAAUGGACAUUUGUGAAGUAAUAUACAUAAUUAUCUAAAAAGUUUAUCAUAUUUAAAGAAGAAAAUCAUUAUCAUUUAUCGAUGGUUUAAUUAUAUAUAUAUAUAUAUUCGUAAUAUUCAUCAUCAUAAUAAUAAAAAUAAAAAUAAUAAUAAUAAUAAUAAUAAUAAUAAUAAUAAUAAUGAAUAUAAUAUGUAUUUAUGUACAAGUACAUUAAUGAAUAAUGCGAACAGUACAGAAUACUUAUUAUUGUAAAUAAUAUAUGUAUGUAUGUACCUAUGUCAUACCAAUAUAUAAGUGUCAUAUCAAUUAUGAAAGUUGCUCAAGUCAUAUAUAUAUAUAUAUAUUUCUUUUUUUUUUUCUUAUCCCAAUAAUUAUACGUGAUAAGGUAAAUAAAUGUAACAAAAAAAGUAAACGAUAGAUGUAAUUUGUUUGAUAGAUUUCUAGGCCACUUUCAUAAUUGCAGACACAUAUUUACGUAGUUUUACUUUCAUAAAAAACAAAACUCUUAGUCGCACUCGAAUUAAAUAUGUAUACUUUCGAGCUAACUAUUAUUCAAAAGAGUUUGACAGAGCUAGAUAAUGUUAUAUUUCGCCGGACGAAGGUCGCCUUGCAUCGCAAGUUCCUUUCACAUUCUCGCCUUUUAUCUUAAUUUUAUAGGGGCUAUGCUAAACUCUAUGUAAUUAUUGCUCGCAUCUAAUAUAAUCAUAUAAUUACAAUAUUAUAUAUAUAUAUAUAUAUAUUAUAGUAUAUAGGAAUAAUAAUAAUUGUAAUAUGUGUACUCUGUGCCUUAUCGUUUUUAUCUCUUAUGCGUAUAAACGUGCACAAAAUGCAUACAUAUAAUACAUAUAUACAUAUACGCAUACAUGCAUACAUAUGUAUGUCUCUAUAAACAGUAAUGAUCGAUCGAAUUAUGAACAUGUCCGGCCGGAUGUAGGUAUGGCUGUAUGAAAAAUUCAAACAUUAAGAUUAAUGGUUUCAUUGUAUACAGAUAUAUUAUCUAUUUUUUUUUCUAAUGUAAACGACCGAGUGAGUCACUAUUCUUAAGAGCGUACGAAGGAACUGAUUACUUUCGUUCCCUUUUACUUUUUUUUCUCUUCGAAUCGUUUAUUUUUAACACGUGUAUACAUGUGGUAAGGAUGUAGUAGUGUUUAAAUAUAUAUAUAUAUAUAUAAAUAUGAAUAUAUGGAUAUAUAUAUAUAUAUAUAUAUAUUGAAAAAAUUCCACGUGUUUCAUUUUACACAUCACACUUUUUCUAUUUACUUUCUGAUCAUAUGAGACUGCAAACGAAUACUGCAAUGAAUGAUUUAUUAGAAAUUGUAGUGUAAUUCAAUAAGACCUUUGACGACAACUCAUACUAUCUAUACUCAUUGAUAUUUUAUUACAAAAUUUUGUCAUUGUUCUUCUUUUCACAGUAUUUCUAUUAUAUAUAUUUUAUUUUUAUUUAUAUUACUCUAAUAAUAAUAAUUGGAUAUUAAAAAAUAAAAAGGAACGGCUAUAGUGAUUGACCAAAUUGUAUCGUUAUAUAUGUGUGUGUGUAUAUAUAUAUAUAUAUAUACACCUAUGUUUAUUUCUAAUAAUAAUAUUCUAAUAAUAAUUUCUAAUAAUAAUUAUUUCUAAUAAUAAUACCUAUAUCUAUUUCAUAGGAAAUAAGAUUAUGUAGAAUAUUUGUUAAUAGUAUUGUAUUCAUUUAUGAGGUUGUGUUCUUUUUUCUUUUUUAAUAAGUUACUACUUAAAAAUAUUUUCAAAGAGUUAGAAAAAAUACAAGGAAAGGAUUUUUUAAUUCCUAAACUGGUAUUCUCCUUAUAGCCAUCCUGUAUUAAUGAGAAAAAAGAAAUAUAUAUAAGAAAUGACACCCUACCGUUUUGCAUUUAAGUUAAAUAUUGUGAUUCAUAGAAAGUAAUAUUGUGCCCGAUCAUACCAAUCAACAUUUCAUGAACUAUUGAUUAUGAAAAUAGCUUGAAUUAUAUAUAUUUAUAAAAAUAUACGUUUUUUUUUUUUUUAUAUAACUAAAUCAUUGUAACGUAAACCAACGAAAGGAAAGAAUGUAAAUUGAAUUUUUUGAAAUUUUGGAUUUGGGCCAUUUUCAUAAUUAAUAUGAUACACGUACGUGUAAUAGUGUAUUUAUUAUUCAUCGAUAUAAGUUAUAUCUAUAUUCAUAUAUUGUAUUUUUUUUCCUCAUUUUCUGUAUAUAAUUAUAUAUAUAUCGUUGAUGUAAAACCUAUUGAGAGAGAGAGAGAGGGAGAGAGAGAGA